ACGUGUCGUUAACGCGAUUGCGACCUGUGAUUGGCUGUGCAACCUGUCGGUCAUCCUUUCACCACUUGUUGCUAGGGAGAUUGGUGUUCCACAACGGAAGUAGAUUGUCGAAAAAACGACCAGGAGCGGUAACUGUCACUUUUAGGGUAAAGGGGGAUGUCGCUUGGCUAAUGGAGAUGCAGUUUGUUGUGUAAUAUGGUGCCUGAUAAUUAUACAGUAGCAUAAACAAAAGGGAAGCUAAGGUCAGCGGUUGCGGGCGAAUAAGAUGAGCGCAAUUGUGUGCCAGGAGGGAGGAACCCUGCCUGCCAACAAAUCUGCGUGCGAGCCAGUGAGCUUUCUCGACUCUCAUUCACCUUCGGCAGCACCCACACACCAAGUAGUUGUCCUGUCAAGGGUGGGGUGAUGCACGGCAGCUGUUUAUGCAUCAUGUGUGCUCUGUCCAGGAAUCAAAAGGGAUCGACAUCUCUGUAGUUGUAGGAGGAUGGAGUGGUUGCAGUGGGUAUGGGAAGAUGAGAAGAUUCUGAAGAAGAGAUUUGAACCGGACUCUCAGAAGUGGGGAAAAACAUUUGGCUCUCACACAGCUUGAUAACUUGCAAAAUCUUGUUGAACAUCCUUCUUUCCUCAACUGUGUGAACCUUUUUCCCCAUUCAUGUGUCCAUCCCUAACUUCUAGUAGAAAUACAGAAGUAUUGAUCCAAGAUAUUUGGCCCCAUUUUUGUUUUUAUUUUUUGCUUUCACCUUUUGUUCCUUUGUAAAGAAAUGCUUUACCUGAAAAAGUACUUCACAGAGGGCCUGAUUCAGUUCACCAUCCUUCUGAGCCUCAUUGGGGUGCGGGUGGACGUUGAUACGUACUUGAGCAAUCAGCUGCCCCCAUUGAGAGAGAUCAUCCUGGGCCCCAGCUCAGCAUACACACAGACCCAGUUUCAUAACCUGCGCAACACGCUGGACGGCUAUGGCAUCCAUCCAAAGAGUGUGGACCUCGAUCGUUUCUUUACCACUCGGCGGCUUUUGAAUCAAGUUCGCCAACUGGAUCGUCUCUCUGUACCCAGUACUGAGGUCAACACCUGGUUAGUGCAUCGUGACUCAGAGACUGUGGUGUCUGCCAGCAGCCAGUCUAGCCCCAGUAUCACCCUGGACAAUGGGGCCCCCCUAGAGGACGUUAACAACCCUGACGCUGCGCCGGCCAUGAGAGGUGGAGCUUCUGAAUCCACAUUCAGCUUGAACGUAGCAGACAGCAGCCUGGGAGCUGUGGCCCCAGAGGGUAACCACGACGAGGACAACAGAGGUGGCAGUGAUGAUCUUACCAAAGAGGAUAUUGAUUUGAUAGACAUCCUUUGGCGACAGGACGUUGACCUUGGUGCAGGAAGAGAAGUGUUCAACUACAGCAAUCGUCAGAAGGAGAAUGAUGAGAAGCCACCCACACAGGAGAACAAGGACACAACUGAGGAACAUGAGAACUGGAGAAAUGGAGUAAAUAUACAAGGGGCUCAGCCAGUGGAUGGAGAAACUGGAGAGAGCAUCCCUGAGCAGCUUCCAAGUCUGGGCUCGCAGACAUCUCUGUCUCUACAAGAAUGCCUGAGGCUGUUGGAGGCAACUUUUCCUUUUGGAGAAGAAUCAGAGUUUCCAGCUCCAGUUGUCAACCCACAAAUUGGGGUUUCCAGUCAAGGUGUUCCUUCAACAUCUCAGGGUCUCCCUCUGGCACCACAGUUGCCUCAUGCAGAAUCCCAGAUAGAUUUGGAGCAGCAGUGGCAAGAUAUUAUGGCCAUCAUGGAGCUACAGGCGAUGGAUGUGAACCACACUACGCUACACAAUUCUAGUGUGAGUGGGACAACUGAAUCAAACACUGCAGGAAACCUCGGACUUUCUUCUCGCUCAGCACCAAUAAACCAGGAUGUUAGCCUUCACCAGGCUUCUUUGCCAAGCUGCAGCCAAGAGUUCCCCUACAUUUUCAAUCCCCAGUUGGAUUCUGUUAUCAUCAACCCAAGACCUACCAUGUUCAGACUGGCUUCGAACAAUUCCACCAACAUCAACCCUACAUUUGGAGUCACUAACCUGACUGGGACUUUUCUCCCAACUCUAAUGAACAGUUCCAGUCACAACACCACAUCUGUUCUUCCUGACCCAUUCAGCACUUUGCUAGAAGAGUCCAUGCUAGAUGAGAUCAGCCUGUUGGACCUUGCUAUGGAGGAGGGCUUCAGUCAGGCCCAGGCUUCUCAGUUGGAGGAUGAGCUUGACUCAGAUUCUGGUCUCUCGUUGGACUCCAGCCAUAGCCCAGCUUCUCCAAGCAGCUCUGAGACUUCCUGCUCUUCUGCAGCCUCGUCGUCUUCCACAUCUGCCACAUUCUCUGAGGAAGGAGCCGUAGGAUACAGCACUGACUCUGAGGUAGCCACUGUGGAGACGGAGGAGGGCGCCGUUGGGGGUUACCAUCCUGGGUACAGCAAACUCUGCCGCAUGAGCUAUCAGGAUCCCUCCCAGUUCCACAGUCUCCCACAACUAGACACCAUUAACCACAACCACUCUUACAACCUCCCUCUUUCCUCAGCAUUCUCUGACCACUCAGACCUUACCAUUUCAUCAGGGAAGAAGACUGUCAAACAGAACUCAAAGGUUCAGCCUCCUCAGGACUUGCUCGACAAGCACACUAGUCGCGAUGAGCGCCGAGCUCGGGCUAUGAAAAUCCCCUUCUCCAAUGAUAAGAUCAUUAACCUGCCCGUUGAAGAGUUCAAUGAGCUGCUCGCCAAGCACCAUCUCAGCGACGCUCAGCUAGCCCUCAUCCGUGACAUACGGAGGCGUGGCAAGAAUAAGAUGGCAGCUCAGAACUGCCGCAAGCGCAAGCUUGACACCAUUCUAAACCUGGAGCAGGGUGUACAUGACUUGAGACGUGACAAAGCCCGCCUGCUGAAGGAGAAGAUGGAGUUCAUACGUUCAAUCCGGCAAAUGAAGCAGAAGAUGCAGAGUCUGUACCAAGAGGUGUUCACUCAGCUCCGGGACGAAGAGGGCCGGCCCUAUCUCCCGAGUGAGUACUCACUCCAGUACAGUGCAGAUGGCAGCAUGCUGAUCAUGCCACACGGCGUGAAUGCUGAGCAGAAUCGGAAACCCGAGAAAAAACAAGACAAAAAAAAGUGACAGGGUGAACAGCUGUUUAUUCUUUCAUGUUGUUAAAUCACAAGAAAGAUGUCUGCAGAUGCAAGAGAGAGAUGUCCUUUUUUCCUUUGAAAGAAACUGGUGAGAAGAAUAAUGCCACUGAUUACUACUCUACCUGCAUUAGUUUUUCCCGUUUCAUUCUGUUCCUGCGUUUUCUUCCUGGAAAUAACUUCGAAGCAGAAGUAGCUCCUGUUUUGAGUACUGCGAUUUCUUUGUUUUGCUUGAGGGGGAAAAAUAAGUGAGGAUAUAAAAGGACAUAAAAUGAGCUAAUGGGAGAAUUCUAGCUGCUCUUGAUACUUUUGCACCAAACCACUGAGGAUGACUGGAGUCACAAAACGUGGGAGUGAAAGAACACCGUCACAGAGGAUGGUGUGAAUACUGAUGUACUGAAAGUGAUGUUUUGAAAGACUGUCAGAUCACAACCCAUCCUGGAAACUGAUUUCCAGUCACUUGAUGUUUGUUAGACAUUUUCAGGCAAAGAACAUCUGUGGUUGUAAGUUUAGAUACCAAAGGGUAAAGAAAGUUGUUUCUUUUUUUUUUAGGAUGCUGUAUAACACCUAUUCUAACCUAUAGGUCGUAUGGUGCACAUCAUUGGAUAUGUACGCAAUGUUAAAGCUCAAACACUGCUCUGGCGGUGUAGGUAUUUCAGUUUCCUGUUUUGGGUCCGUUUCCAAAUUUAGCAUCCAAACUUAGAAGACCCCUGAGGAGUUUGGGUUUGGGGUGUUGAUGUAGAACGGUGAUGUAAAGAGGGUAGAGGUGGAGAGUGUACCUGGGCUGGCCACUGCUAAGAGGCCUGGAGGUGACAUCCUGUGAGAGGAGCAGUUGGACAUUUUAGGGAGGAGGCACACUGCAUUGCAAAAUGUAUCAGCUUCUUUAUAAUUAUACAUAGCACUGUAAUUUGUCCUGCAAAGUCUUGCCUAUAUGCAUUUUGCUGUUAAUUUUCCGCCAGUUUAACUGCAGGAGCUGCAAUUAUCAAGACUCUUGUUAAAUGUUCAUAAUCUGUAGUAUAUACUAGGUUAUAGGUCUAGUCACAUCAAUGCUGUGUAAAAGUCUACACUCUUGAUUUGAAAACUUUUAUCUUCUGUAAUAAGAGGAAUUGUGGAACUUGGUCAACAGUUCCGGAGAGUACUGUAUGAUUAACACAUGCUCCAGGCUGUCAUAUAAAGCUAUGGCUUACCUGAUUAGUCCCCCCCACUCAUAACAGUCUCAGCUGUUCAUGGUGUAACAUUAUUCCAUUAAAUUAUGCCUCUGUUGUCAUGUUGAAAGCCGCAAGGCGAUUAAACUAACUGCUGUAAUGCCACACUGUUGGCUUCAACAUUGAGAUCAAUGUUUUAAGUUGUGUUGUUGACAAAACGAGCCAAGUUAACCAAGUUCUGAGAAACUAGAAUGCGUGAGUUGAUGCAUUAAAGAAUGUGUAGUGGCCACUUUAUGUUGAAUGCCUUUAAUUUUCAAUUGCACCUUUUUAAAGGUUCUGAGAACCAGAGAAAAUUGUUCUCAAAGUAGAAGUGCUAUUACUUAUAUGUUUGAAGUUUCACUAUGUGUAUGGCGUCAAUCAACCUGUUUAGAAACAUGCCACUUGAUGCAUCUGAGACAGGUUACACUAGAAUAUUUACCAACUUGCAACAUUAAAAUGUCCCCAUUUGUUUUUGAAAGGAUAAAUGUCAUUAAAUGUGGCAUUAGGGCAUGAAACUAUGGUUAACAUUCACUUUAGUGUAACACCAACAACUUGUAGUACUUCUACUAUGUGCACUUUUUGUCUGUCUUAUGUAAAUAUUUUCACGUUUAAGUUAUGAUGUCAUGUGUCAAAAGUCACCCUCUGCUUUGAGUUUUGGCGCUAGUUUACUGUUUUGAAGUAUUUGCUGGCAAUCAAAAAUUGUUUUUAUUGGUUAAUAAAGUGUUUUAUUUUCAUG